AGAGAAAGAUCUCGACGAGGUCCUGCAGACACACACGGUGUUUGUCAACGUUUCCAAAGGCCAGGUGGCGAAGAAAGAAGAUCUCGUUCAAGCAUUUGGGACAGAUGACCAAACAGAAAUCUGUAAGAUGAUUUUAUCAAAAGGGGAGCUGCAGGUAUCAGACAAAGAACGGCACACACAGCUGGAGCAGAUGUUUAGAGACAUCGCGACUAUUGUGGCUGACAAAUGUGUGAAUCCUGAAACAAAGAGGCCAUACACAGUAAUCCUUAUAGAAAGAGCCAUGAAGGAUAUUCACUACUCUGUGAAACCACACAAGAGCACGAAACAGCAGGCACUGGACGUGAUCAGACAGUUAAAGGAGACCAUGCAAAUUGAACGUGCUCACAUGAGGCUGCGAUUUCUCCUUCCAGCAAAGGAGGGGAAGAAACUGAAAGAGAAGCUCAAGCCACUGAUUAAAGUUAUUGAGAAUGAAGAAUUCCAUGAACAGUUGGAAAUUGUGUGCCUUAUUGACCCUGGCUGCUUCAGAGAGAUUGAUGAGCUGAUCCGGAGUGAGACAAAAGGGAAAGGAACACUGGAAGUGCUCAGUCUGAAAGACGUGGAGGAAGGAGAUGAAAAGCUUGAAUAAUGAAAACCUUCCUGCAGCAGUUCUACUUUAACAGCAUCCUACGAAAUGACUGGUGUUAGCCACUCUCUUCUGUUAGGCCUUCCUUUUUUUUCCAAUCUCUUGCUGCCAGAUAUUUUCUGACACUAAUCCUUUGGGAUUUUUCCAUGCAGUGUGGGGUUUAUUUUUUUUAUAAUUUUACACUUGCUUAGUUUACCAAUUUCUUUGCGUGCAGGAACGUUUUGUGUCAGAGUUGCACUAACAAAGAUUGAGUUAAGCCGUGAUUCAGAAGGUACUCUGGCUUUGGUUUACUUUAAGGGUUGCUAUCGGAGGGUGUUUGGCUGAUAUGGUGCCAAUCAUUUUUACUUUAAGUUGUCAGUGUUGAGUGGAAGAUUGCAUUGGUCACUGGGGGGUGGGUUUCAUAUGUGAGGAGAGGAACCUGAAGAAAAGAGAGCUUCAUUUUCCCUUCUGAA